GCCACUGCGACUAAUUAAAGCAUGACAACCUUUCGCGCAUGAUAGCUGCUAGAUGAAAACCGAAGUAGUAAUGAACAGCGAAAACUUGAAAGAUGUCUGAUCCGUGACCCGAAAUAUCUUUUGGGAUCAAUUUGAUUGCAGGCUGCAAAGAUUUAUUUUGGAGAGGCAAGAAAACCCCAUCGUACUUCCGGCUUCAAAGUUGAUGAAUAUGCGUGGAGACAAAUCCGUCGUUCCAGAUGGGAACUGUCAAAUUAACAGAGGUACUAGAUAUUUGAAAGACCCAGGAGGGGAUCACAAGGCAACGGUACAAGGCUGCUCUCCAUCACAAGGAAGCAAGCUAGCUGGUGAGCUAAUGUCUACAAGUACUCUCAUUAAGGAUUUACUGGCGCCUGGUGAUCUGAUAAAAGACCGCUGGCGCGUUGUUCGGAAGCUCGGCGGUGGAGGGUUUGGAGAAAUAUACGAAGCAGUGGAUACUAAGUUUCAACAUGAAGUUCCUACAACGCCGGACAGCAACGAAUCUCUUUCGAGACUUGGAAGGCCCACGUUCUGUAGUACUUGCGCCUUGAGAUGUGAUGAGAAAAUUAGAAAUGGCUUGCAUACUGAGCUUGCAGACCUAACACAGAAUGAACAAGACAGCGGUGUGGGAUUACAACCUUUUUCUUCGGAGGUCCCUAGCCAGCCCGUGAGAAUAAACUCAGCAGGAGUAACAACAUACGGAUCCUUAUCGUCUCAGCAACUUCGGGUGUCACAAUUUGACCAAGAACUGCAUCCCGGGGCGCCAUCUACGAAAGUGGGUGAGUCAGGUUACAGUCCAGCCGAGGGAUCAGUCAAUGAAAACGGACAAAUUUCGAGUAAAUCUCCAAAGUCUUUCAAACCAAAGGGUACUACUGCUCAUUGCUGGAGAUGUGGUGUAUCGCUGAACAGGAAUAAUUCAUACCUAUCGAACAUUCGGCACUAUGAGCAUUGUGCUUCUAGCGAUUCAGGCAUUUCAACUUUUGCGGAAGCGGCAGACUAUCGCGUAGCCAUCAAAGUAGAAUCAAACAGACAAGCUCGUCAGGUUCUGCGGAUGGAAGUUGCCGUUCUCCGACGGCUGCAGGGCAAAUCAAAUGUUUGUCAGCUUUUUGGAUGCGGGAAGAAUACUCGGUUCAACUAUAUGGUUAUGACACUGCAGGGCAAGAAUUUAGCUGAACUUAGAAGGCUAGCACCAAACUCCAAUUUUUCUCUGAGCACUGCUCUACGAAUUGUGAUACAGUGUUUGGAUGCCUUGCGCACUCUUCAUGAGGCCGGCUUCUUGCACAGAGAUGUAAAGCCCUCCAAUUUUACUGUGCAGCGUUCAAGGAACAGCAGUUUGCCAGGUCACUUACAGGUGGUGGUUGUUGAUUUUGGCUUGGCCCGUCCAUAUACAGUGAAUGGUCCAGGCACAGAGGUACGCAACCCUCGCCCAGUUGCAGGAUUCCGUGGAACCGUACGCUACGCCUCGGUCAAUGCACAUGAACAUCGCGAUUUGGGCCGACGUGAUGAUAUCUGGUCCCUUUUUUACGUCAUGGUUGAAUUCGUCGCCGGACAAUUGCCGUGGCGACGUAUUCGCGAUAAGGAGCUUGUUGGCCAGAUGAAGUUAGCUAUGGAUAAUAAAGAACUUGCGAUAAAAUCGGGACUGCCACAUGUUGUCACUAACAAGUGGACGUCACAUUUAUCAUCUCUCGAUUACAAAAGUAAACCAGAUUACAAGGGGCUUGCAGAUGUCCUCCACUCCUGGUUAAAAGACAAUGGAGUACAGCCAAGUGAUAUGUAUGACUGGGAACAAGGAAUCGCUGGAGUUGUCGUGCAUACAAAUAAUCGACCAGAAUCUCAAAGGCUACACUGCAGAACGCCGGUUAAACGAAGCAGCUCAAACGAGAAUAUAAAACAAGUGGCUCAAGGUGGUUUCUGUCCCAGUACGCUGCGACCCCCAACAUCAAAACACGCCCUGGAAAGUGUGAACGAUAAUGCAACACUUCGAAGACCAUUAAAUGCGCUGAAGCCUCGUGGUGGGACAUCUAAUUAUUUAGCUCGAAAGUCUCGGAGUGUUAAUCGAUCACGAGCAGGUUGUCCUGAAAGAAGCGAUGCUGCGAUAGUGGAAGACAUGGCACUAGACACAGCAAACCGAUCAAUCGAGACGCUGCUCCUUCAAAACAAUAGGACAUGCUAUGUUGAUAUUCGGAGCGAAACCUCUCGAGGAGACGAUAAAGAAACGGAAUCGCCUAACGAAAUAUCAGCUAAUUUAAAGUGGGCCACCAGUCAACAUGCUGUGAAACAUGAAACGGAUUUGUCGCGUCCCUCUGCGGAAAAGACAAAAAACAAUUUGGCUCCGCUUGAACGGGGACCCAACGCCUCAUUGACGCAAUUAUCAACAAAGAAGGACUCUGUUCCCGUGGAGAUUCAAAACGAUUCCAUUGUGGAAUCACUCAACAAAUCACCUUCAAUAGAAAGUCGAUCAAAAAAUACUGAUCGCCAAGCGGCUGAAAAUACUGGAGAGGAAGUGAAACAAACAGGUGACAAGUCCCGUUGUUUAGGCAGCGAACUGCAGCAGAAAUCUCCACUGUUCACAAAGGAGAAAAGCAAAACUAUGGGAAAGACAACUGCUUCAGUAGAUUAUAAGGCCCAGACCGAGCCCGGUGAGAAAAAGAUUGCUGUCACUAAAGAAUACUCAAUCACCAAAGGCAUUGCGAAUACUCUGGACCCACAUCCACGCGAAAAAAUCCAAGCCAUUAUUCAGAACCUUUUGACCAAACACAAAGGACAGACGGGCCACGGUUUGGUAGCAGGAUCUGGUUAUGACGACACACAUGUCAACCCUAACCAGAAAGUCCUCAUUGAACAAGAAAAAGACCCAAUACCUGCGCGACCCUUGUCGUCACCGUUGACUGGACGACCAGUGCUCCAUACAAAGGCGGUAUUUUUACUGGGAGAACAGGAUGGGAAAGUGUCUGCUUCAAGUGCUGAAUUAAAUGGCCUCAGAACCUCCAGUGAUACGCCUUCGCAAACCCAACCGCGUAUGGCAGAACCACAUUACGGAUCUCCUUUCUUACGUCUUUCAAUGACGAACCUUGCGCAACCAAGCUCCAAACAACGUCAUACUUUUCUGACUGUACCCCGCAGAAAUUUAACUAGCCAGAGGCCGACCCUUACUUUAGAUAGACACCUCACUUCAGAGGCACAGAACCAGGCCAGGAGUGAGUCAGCCACGAAUCUGGUGUUUUCCGAGGAUAAAAAAGGUUUGGAAAACGGAAACGAUAACCACCCCUUUGAUGAGCAUGAUUUCGAACCGGUAAGCAUACCAAAACCGUUACCUCGAAAGCGACGAAGUGUAUGCUUUCAAACCGGUGACCCUUCAAAGCAUAUCGGGGACGCUUUUCUGGAUUUGAAUGAUUGUCCCUCAAAUGGUGUGGCAGAACCAAGAUGCGUCACUAGUCUGGAGGCAAAGUUCCUUCCCCAGAGGACCAUGUGCACCAAUGAUACCAAAUUAAUGACCGGUACCACUGUUUUGGGUCCAUGUAACAACUUAGGCACUACAGAUUAUCUAUCGAAGCUGAACGUGAAUAGACGGAGGCAAAUAUCCCAGAAUAAGCUAACGGUAAAAAACUCAAUUAUUCCACCUGCACACAAAGCCCUACAGCCUGAGCUAACGGGACAUCCACUCAAUCGAGCACUUCGGUCAACCUGUGCGAAUACAGAAGAACCGAUUUACGAAGGGUCCCACAUAUUUUUCAACGCAACUGACAGGAAAAGCAAGCAAGGUGUCUCAAACGGAUUACUAUCCAGGACUGCUAUAUCGACGCAGCCAAUGACGGCAAAUAUGAACAAUCUGACUGAAUCUACGGUGAAACAGAAUCAACAGUCGAACAGAAUAUCAACUAUUUCAAAUCCCCAGUUCUUUAGAAAAACAAGAAAUUUAGAGGAAAAUGAUAUUUUCAAUCAGAACAAAGGACGAAUAAAUUCUGAUUCGAACACCGAUGCUGCCAACGCAACGUUCAAAACUAGACCCAGCGUUGCUCAAUACAUUGCCUCGAGACCCCCAACGGUCACUCCACGGUCAUCAUCUGCCUUGGGAUCGAGGUCUGGAAGAAGCGUAUUAGAUGGUUCGAACGCACAAGACUCAAUUUUCCCAACGUUACACAAAAACUUGCCCCAGCAACAGCAUGGUUCAUUCGGACAAUCAUUUACUGAACUCAUUGUACCUUUAAGCAAACGACUAACUGAAACGCUUCGUGCCGGACGGUCUAGGUCACGAAAAAACAGCGCGUCGAGUGCUGCGGAUGAGAGGACUUCUUCUAUGGUUACGACCACCGUAAAUUCAAAUGGCUUGGCAUGGCAUCCUCCUGUUGUCCGACCUCAUUCGGCAGACAGGUUUAGUAACCACAGUGGACAAGAUGGCUCAACGAAUUUUGGAUCUGGUUUUGUCGGGAAUGAAUACCCCAGACCGCUUUCCCGGAAAAUGUACGGCGGAAGCUCCAACACGCUUUCCAAUCCCCACGUUCCUCAAGGUUCCCGAAAUCAAACACCAGUUCAGUUUUACCACACAUUCCACAGGCAAGAUAAUUCGGGGAAGCCCGUAAAUGAAAAACCGAAGCGUUGGAGAUUUUAAUGACUUUUCGUUCACACUACACUCGUCACCGUCUUCCGACACAACCUGUGUUACACAAGAAAUUGCAGGGUAGAUUCUUUUCUACAUUACCGGAUGCAACCGAGAAACUGCAAAUCUGCAAGAUUGCAGGUCUUUUUCCAACUUUUUUAUUGUCUUUGGUCUUCUUUAGUUCACCGCCUCCGGCGAGGUGCCUUUUUUAAUUUCCUGAAUUUUUACACCAGAAGGAGUAAAAUCACACGGACCUACUUGAACAUCGCUAGGAGUGGCACCAACGGUAUGCGUACACAUUACUUUAUAACCCGUAAGCACAACGCACCACAGACAAACACUACUAUGUAAAUUUGGAAUUCGCUGGCAAACAACUGAAACACUUCAAAGAUAUGCUUACCCAAAUGCAACCAGAGACACAAGUCUUCGGCAUUUUGGGCAAGAACUUGCCCAUUUUGUAAACCCCGUGAUUUCCCUCCAUUUUACUGAAUUAUAUUAGUACUCUUUUCUGAUGGCUUUCCCCCUACAAGAAAGUCAACUUUGAUAUGCAGUGUACAAACGGUAAAAAUCUUGGAAAAAUGAAAGUGUUCAGCAGACUGCAUGGAAACUGCAACCACGACAUAUCACAGUGCACCUAAUGGUGCUGGGGGACAGCACGAACCCUUGUUAUACUUUCGAAUGUCCGCAUUCUUUCGAGAUUUCCAUCGUCUUUGAGUAUGUAUUCGUGUUUUUCACAACUCGCCAGUAGACCGCGAGUAGUGGACAUGAUAUUUCUGUUGCUUGACUCAAAAUAACAUAUCUUUCUGAGCGCUUUGAUUUUUAUGAAUAAUAUCAGCUGCUCUUCAUAUUCGUGGCCAGCACAAUGGUUAAGUUAAUUUUCAAAAUAAAGAAUGAUACUCACUACGAGUAUUCUUCUUGUUUA